AGUGAUCACAAUGACGGAGGCCCGCGAAGAUGUUCCCGGCGAUGCGGAUGAGGGCUCGCCGGAGGCCCAAAAGAAAGACAAGACCAAGGAGAAGGGCCCACCCGUAAUUAGUUAUACACAGCUCUUUCGAUACACCACCGGCUGGGAUUAUGUCCUGCUCCUUUCGGCUUUCAUCGCGGCGCUCCUUCAGGCUCUGGUCUAUCCCAUCGCCAUUGUGGUCUACAGCGAACUGGUGGCCAUGUUUAUCGACAGGACAUUGGGCCAGGGAACCAGUUCGGCCACUAUCGGACUGCCCCUCUUCGGGGGCGGAAAGAUACUUACAAAUGCCUCCUACGAGGAGAACAUGCAUGAGCUGCGAAAGGACAGCGUAUCCUUCGGCAUACUCAUGACGCUCAACACUCUUCUCAUGCUUUUCUCGGGAAUUUACUAUGUGGAUGCCUUCAACAGAUUGGCUUUAAAACUCACAGUUCGAAUGCGCAGGGAAUUCUUUAAGGCCACGUUAAGACAGGAGAUUGGCUGGCAUGACAUGGCAAAAGAUCAAAACUUUGCAGUUCGCAUUACGGACAACAUGGAGAAAAUACGCAGCGGUAUAGCAGAGAAUCUCGGUCAUUAUGUAGAGAUUAUGUGCGAAGUGAUAAUCAGUGUGGCUUUGUCCUUUAUAUACGGGUGGAAACUAGCAUUGGCCAUAGUAUUUUACAUUCCCCUAACAUUAGUGGUCAACUCAGCAGUGGCUCAUUACCAAGGUAAACUCACAGGAGAGGAACAAAGUUCGUAUGUCCGGGCAAGUUCGGUGGUUGAGGAAGUGAUUGGAGCCAUUCGCACGGUGGUUGCAUUUGGCGGAGAGAAAACGGAGUCCGUGCGAUAUGAUACCCUCCUCAAACCCGCUCUCAGGGCGGGAAAAUGGAAAGGAGCCUUCUCCGGUUUAAGUGACACUGUGAUGAAGGCCAUGUUGUUCAUCACAGGAGCGGGAUCCUUUUGGUACGGCGCCAAUUUGAUCCUGUUCUAUCGGGAUCCCAGCAUUCCCAUCAACGAGAGGGAAUACACACCAGCUGUGGUCAUGAUUGUGAUAUCGGGUAUUAUCGUGAGUGCCAAUCAGAUCUCGCGCACAUCGCCAUUUCUCGAGACCUUUGCAAUGGCUCGAGGAUCAGCAUCGGCUAUUUUGGAGGUUAUCGAUCGCACAUCUUUGAUUGAUCCUCUCUCCAAGGCUGGAAAAAUCCUUAACUAUGGUCUGAAAGGAACCGUUGAGUUCCGCGAUGUUUUCUUUCGUUAUCCCGCCCGAGAAGAUGUGAUCGUCUUGCGAGGACUCAAUGUGACAGUUGAAGAAGGUCAAACUGUGGCUUUGGUGGGUCCUUCAGGCUGUGGCAAGUCCACCUGCAUACAACUGCUUCAGCGGUUUUAUGAUCCGGUUUUUGGCCAAGUACUUUUGGACGGUGAGGAUGUGCGGAAAUAUAACCUUAAUUGGCUGCGGUCAAACAUUGCCGUGGUGGGUCAAGAGCCGGUGCUUUUCCAAGGAACAAUUGGAGAGAAUAUCCGACAUGGAAAACCAGAUGCUACGCAAAAGGAAGUUGAGGAUUCCGCUAGAGCAGCCAAUGCUCAUGAUUUUAUCAUAGCGCUGCAUAAGGGUUACGACACAAAUAUCAGUGAGAAGGGUGUCCAGCUCUCCGGAGGUCAAAGACAGCGAAUUGCCAUCGCCAGAGCUCUCAUACAGCAACCAAAAAUUCUGCUUUUGGAUGAGGCCACCUCCGCUUUGGAUUACCAUGCCGAAAAGUUGGUUCAAGCCGCUCUGGACAAAGCCUGCAAGGGCAGAACCACCUUAGUGGUGUCCCAUCGGUUAUCCGCCAUUAGACACGCCCAUCGAAUUGUUUACAUUGAGAAUGGCAAAGCUGUGGAGCAGGGAACCCAUGAGGAACUGAUGAAGCUGGAGGGAUUUUACCAUAAAAUGGUCACCGUACAUUCCUAUGAUGAUUCCGCCGAAGAACUGCUGAAUGAACUUGAAGAAGACGCUGAAAACAAAGAGAGAAAGAUGUCCUAUGAAGUUGAACACUUUAAUUUGGGAGCCCGCAAUUCGAUUGUUUCGUUGGAGAAAAAUGCGGAGUUCCAGAUGAAGAACCUCAAUGGUCUGGCCAAUCCAACGUUCGAUCACGACGUAGAUGUAGCGGAGAAUCCAUCUGGAAAUUAUAUCCGCACCUUCUUCAGGGUUUUGGGCUGGGCAAGACCGGAAUGGAGUUUUCUCAUCAUUGGCGCCAUUUGUGCUGGUCUUUAUGGAGUCACUAUGCCGGUGUUUUCUGUUAUCCUAGCGGAACUGUAUGGUUCUUUGGCCAAGCCCACUGAUGAAGAGGUGCUAGAUCAGAGCGCCUCAAUGGCGAUUAUUUCCCUGGUUAUUGGAGUUGCAGCUGGUGUAGUGUGUUUCAUCCAGACGUUCUUCUUUAAUCUGGCUGGAGUUUGGCUAACCAUGAGAAUGCGUUCCAAGACCUUCAGUUGCAUUAUGCACCAGGAAAUGGGUUGGUUCGACCGCAAGGAGAACAGUAUUGGAGCCCUUUCUGCCCGAUUAUCUGGCGAUGCGGCCAGUGUUCAAGGAGCCAUAGGUUUUCCACUGAGCAAUAUCAUCCAGGCUUUCACCAACUUCAUCUGCAGUGUGUCCAUUGCAUUUCCCUACUCCUGGGAAUUGGCCUUAAUCUGCCUGAGUACCUCACCCUUUAUGAUCGCCUCCAUUGUGUUCGAAGCACGUUUUGGAGAGAAAUCAGCUUUAAAAGAGAAGGCUGUUUUGGAGGAGACGAGUCGCAUAGCCACAGAGACCAUUACUCAAAUUAGGACAGUGGCAGGACUUCGAAGGGAGGAGGAACUGAUAAAAAUAUACGAUAAGGAAGUGGAGCGAUACAGGGUGCAGAUUCUAAGUCGACUUAAGUGGCGAGGAUUGGUAAAUUCGCUGGGCAAAUCCCUCAUGUUUUUCGGCUAUGCAGUAACGUUGACCUAUGGAGGACAUAUGUGUGCCGAUGGCAACAUCAAAUUUGAGACUAUUAUGAAAAUAUCAAACACGAUGCUUUAUGGUCUAUUUAUCCUGGCACAAUCUCUAGCAUUUACUCCCGCCUUCAAUGCUGCUCUUCUCUCCGCAAAUCGCAUGUACGAGAUCAUUGAUCGAAAGCCAAAGAUUCAAUCCCCUGAAUCCUUUGAGAUCCAGCAGAAUGGCAAUGGAUCUGCUUUUAAAACAAACGCUGUUCAACAGGGAGUCAGUUAUCGGGGCCUCAACUUCUCCUAUCCGUCGAGAUCCCAUAUCAAGGUCCUGCAGAACUUUAAUCUGGAUAUCCAACAAGGUCAAACUGUUGCUUUAGUGGGGGCUUCGGGAUCUGGUAAAUCCACCUGUGUUCAGCUUUUAAUGAGAUACUACGAUCCCGAUGAGGGAAAGAUUCUCAUAGAUCAAGAAAGUAUCCACCACGAUAUGGAAUUAAAAACUCUACGUCGUCGCCUGGGAAUCGUUUCUCAGGAACCUUCGCUCUUUGAGAAGUCCAUUGCCGAUAAUAUUGGUUAUGGUGAUACAACGCGUCAAGUGCCAAUGCAGCAGAUUAUUGAGGCGGCCAAGAUGGCCAAUGCCCAUGAAUUUAUUAUGUCUUUACCCGCUCAAUAUGAUACGGUCCUGGGAUCCAAGGGCACCCAACUAUCUGGUGGACAAAAGCAAAGGAUUGCCAUUGCACGAGCGAUGGUGCGGAAUCCCAAGAUCCUUUUACUAGAUGAAGCUACCUCUGCACUGGAUUUCCAAAGUGAAAGGGUUGUCCAACAAGCAUUGGAUUCCGCGUGCUCAGGACGCACUUGCAUUGUAAUAGCCCAUCGUCUUUCCACCAUCCAAAAUGCCAAUUUGAUUUGUGUGGUUCAAGCUGGUCGGAUAAUGGAGCAGGGAACCCAUGCCCAACUUCUGGCCAAGAAUGGCAUUUACUCCAAACUGUAUCGCAGUCAAACGAAGGCCUCUUGAAAAGAAUUCAAAUGUAUCCAAAAGCACGGAAGUAUGCAGCAAAUAAUUCAUAGCUUUUAGUUCGGACACAAACCAUUCUGUCGUUGGCCAUAAAAAAAUGUUAGGAUUAGUUUACUAAGCAAUUACAAUAUAUGAUUCCAAAAACAUUUUUUAAAAAAAUUUGUUUCUUGUAUAUAGUACAUGUAAAACACAGUCCUUUUAUUGAAAUAAAAUUAAACAAGUGAUCAAUCAA